AUGUCGGCGGUGAUAUCGGCACUCCGGGAGGAAGUCAAAUCCUCCAUCGAUUCAAUCUCCUCCACCCUCCGCAGCCACAUUGCUAUUGAGGGAGGCUGCGAGCUCUUACAAGCCCUCGCUGCAUUGAUCAAGUGGAUCACUAAAGAGCACUUGUAUGCUUUCCUGGAAAACGGUGCACAUGUGGUGUCCCACCUCGACUCAAUUACGCUGUGCCAACAGCAACAGAUGAUCCUUUUAAUCAGGAUAUAUUUCUUCCUGGUGCAACAGCGACCUAUAAUUGUAGGCCUGGCUAUGUACGAAUUCCUGGCUCGAAGGGGAGGUUGUGGUGUCCUGCCUCGACUUUCGGAAGCGUUGCCUACAGAUGAUGCUCUUAAUCAGAAUAUAUAUCUUCCUGGUGCAACAGUGACCUAUAACUGUAGGCCUGGCUUUGUACAAAUUCCUGGCUUGAAGAGGUUAAUAACCUGCCUAGAGAACUAUACAUGGUCUACUCCUGACCCAUUCUGCCAGCGCAGAUCAUGUGGUAACCCAGGAGAAAUAGAAAAUGGAGAAAUGGAGGCUGAUGACUUUCUUUUUGGAUCCAGAGUGACCUAUACAUGUAAUACAGGGUAUCGUAUGCAAAGCAGACGAAAUUACAGGGACUGCCAAGCAGAUGGAGUUUGGAGCAAUGCUUCUCCUCAAUGUGAUGUGGUAAUAUGUGAAGCACCAAAUGUACUAAGUGAUAUAACAAUUGAACCACAAAAGGACGAGUACAAUUAUUUGGAUUCUGUAAGCUUUUCCUGCCGGAAGCCUUUAGAAAUUGCGGGUAAUGCAUCAGUACACUGUACAGCAGAUGGGACUUGGAGUUCUGAUUUUCCCACAUGCAAAGCAUCCAAAUGUGAUAAAAUGUGGGAACUGCAAGAAGAAGCUAGAAAGUGUACAUCGACCCCAGAUGAGUGGAUCAAGUAUCUGCAGGUGCAGUACCUCUUCCUUCAGAUCGAGAACCUAAAGCUGGAUAUUGAAAUUAAGAAGAAAAAACUGAGUGCUGAGUCUACAACUUGA